UUAACCUUUCUGACUUAACCAAAAUUCUCUCUCCAUCCUCUCUUCAAGGCACGACAUUAACAAAAUGGGUUCUCAAAUUUACUCACCAACUCCUCAAUUCUCAUGCCAACUUCCCAUAACCAAAUCAAGACAUGUAUCUUCAUAUUCCUCACUUCAGUUAAAACCUAGAAUCAGCAUCACAAGUUCUCAGCAACAGCCACAGUCUACUAGUGUUGUUACUGAGACACCAAUUCCAAGAACUAGUACAUACAAUGUGGACUUCAAGACUUUUGAUGCUUGCAAACUUGGUAUUUCUAGAUAUCCAGAUUUUGUGUAUAAUGCCAAAGGAGGUACAGGUACUGGAGCGGGAAAAAAGAUUGAGUCAAGUGAGGAAAUUGCUGUUGAUUUUGACUUGGAAAAGUUGUACAUUCCUCCAUUAACAUCUGCAACUGCUAAGUUCUUGGGAUUGCCAUUGCCCCCUUUUCUGAAGAUUGCUGUUGAACCUGAACUCCUUAGAGGAUAUGUCAACCAAGAAACUGGCAAGGUUAAUCUAGACUUCAAGGCCAAGUUCUGGUUUUCAGUUGGAACCAUCUACAGAGCGCCACCACUGCUCGUGGAGACACUUUUAACGUCAGAAGAAACGAAGGGAAGAAUUAGAGAAGGAAAAGGGGAGAGGCUAAAUGAAGAAGGAAGGUGCAAACUUGUUGGGAUAGCAACAGUUGAACCUAUUGACGACUUGUUUAUGAAUACAUUCCUUAGCCUUCCAACAGAAUGUCUUGCAAAAAUGAAUGCCACCCUCUUAUUUUCCAAUACCUAGACACUUUGCUAAGCAACAGUUAUGUGAGAUCACAUUGUAUAGCUCUCAAAGGUUAAUAUAGAAAGAAAGGCCAAUAAAUUGCAUACUUGAAGUUA